UUGAAUCAGAGGAAAGCAACCUUAUUACAAACGUAUUUUUUCAAUUAUACUUAAUUAAAUUUAAAUUACAGAUAUCUUACAUAAAAUAUAUGCAUGUAUAAUAAAAUAAUCUAUCAAAAAUCGGAGAGUCAGAUAGUUACUCCGUACGGGUAUUGACUUGGAAAUUACUGAUUUACUAGAUUGGUAGCAGCUUGUUUCUUAGAUAGUUGUAAUUUCUUCGUAACCACAACAUUUCAUACACUACCGUGUAUACUUAAUACCGUGCCGGUGAAGUAAUUUGUACUCCGGUCUUGUAUAGUACAAGUUUCAUAUACAAUAUAUAAGAGUGUAACUAUAUUAUUCAGGGUUGUGCUACGACAAUAAAUACAUACUCAGAUCAAAUCGUUCUAGCCGAAACAAUGCAAAAAGUCGGCGAAAGGCGGGCCGCCCUCGAGUGUCGCCACUGCAAAAAGUCUUUCCGAACAAAGACCCCUCUCAACCAACACGUACGUAUACAUGAUGACAUCGCUGGAGUUAAAUGUGAAACUUGCGGAAAGGUGGUGAAAGGCGUCAACCUGAGAAAGCACGUGGCAAACAUGCACACCUCCCUGGUCCGACCAGCCUGCGAGAUUUGCAACAAGACAUAUUCCUCACCCCGCAAUUUACGGGUGCAUAAAGCCACGGUCCAUGAGAAGGGCCUGGAUCAGCCCCCGGUGUCAUGCGGAUCCCCCGGCUGUGAUAAAAGUUACCUGACAAAGGCCCAAGUUAAAAAACAUUUUGUGCGGGUGCACUCCGAAAAUCUGGUCCGAUUUGAGUGCAAACUUUGCGGAAAGGAAUUUAAAGUUAAGCAAGUUCUGGAGCAGCACAUUGCCAUUGUAACAUUGUUAUAUUAUCGACAGACACCAAUCAGUUGCAGGGAUCUUCCCCAUGAUGCCGCAAACCGAUUUCGAAUAUCUUCUUCCAUUCCCCGUUAGACGGACGGCCGAAAACACGGACAAUGUCUUUGCCUAAUGGGAUUAAUAAGUCGUUUACAAAUCCACCCUUGGAAAUUUCAUUAUCCAUCCGAGCCCAGAUAAUUUAAUUUGCAUACGAUUCAUAUAAUGGGCAUCGAUCCAAAUUUAAUCCAAAACGAUAAUAUUCAUAGUUGCACAUUACCGAAGAACUUAUCGGUCCAUAAAUUUUUAAUAUGCACCAACUUUGCCUGGAAACUACUCUCAUAUUCCUAAGUGAUUUUAACCAAUCAAGAAAUUUUCUAAAUAUUCACAUUCUUAUGUUUGAUUAUUAUUGACAUUUUGUAAGUCUUAUAAAAUGU